AUGAAAGAUUCACAAUCGGAUAUAAAUGAGCUUUGUAAGAAGUUGAAUGAAGCAACAAAACUAAAACGGAAUGGGAAGUCAAUCAAACUCACCAAUUUUGUUAGCGACACCCAAAUCAAAUUAGAUUCUUGGAAAUUUUUAGAAUGGGAUUAUGGCAAACAUUCAGUUCAACUUCCAAUUCAAGCUCGUGGAUUAUUUACAUUAAAUAAUGACACCAUUGCUGUUAGAGGAUACGAUAAAUUUUUCAAUAUAGAAGAAAAACCAUUCACAAAAGAAACUGAUUUGAAAUCCUUUACUAAAGGACCUUACGAAGUCACUUUAAAAGAGAAUGGAUGCAUUAUAUUUAUAAGUGGUUUGAGUACAGGAGAUAUUGUUGUUUGUUCCAAGCAUUCUACGGGAGACAGAAUUGAUGAUAAUGAUAGUGACAAGCAAACAACGGCGACGGGGACGGCGACAGUGACAGCGCCCACCAGAAAUCAUGCCAAGCAAGGGGAAUUUGAAUUAUUGCAGCAAUUUGGUGGCGAUCAACAAAAAGUUAAACAAUUGGCACAUUAUUUAUAUGAAAACAAUCUAACAGUUGUUGCUGAGUUAUGUGAUGAUGAAUUUGAGGAACAUGUAUUGCCUUACCCUAAAGAUAAGUCAGGAUUGUACGUCCAUGGAUUGAACUAUAAUACCAUAGCAUUCAAGACUUUGCCAAUGGAACAGGUUUUGCAAUUUGCCAAAGAAUGGGGGUUCAAAUAUGUUUCAUAUUUGACAUAUGAUGAUGUUGACGAAUUGUUUAAGUUCUUACACAAGUGUAGUGAGACUGGGACGUAUAAUGGUCGAGAAAUUGAAGGUUUUGUGAUAAGAUGUCACCGUCAAUUGAAAAAUAACAAUGACGAUGAUGGAGGUUGUUUUUUCUUCAAGUACAAAUUUGAACAACCAUAUUUGUUAUAUCGUCAAUUUAGAGAAGUGACUAGACAAUAUAUAGAUGGUACACCCAUCAACUCAAUCAAAAUCAAAAAAAAUAAACCCAUCACCAAAAAAUAUUUACAAUUUGUUGAAAAAUUGUUUGAUGAACAACCAGAAAUUGCCGAAAACUUUGAAAAUGGAUUUGAUAUCAUUAAAGUACGUCAAUUAUUUUUACAGUCGUUGAACGAAACUAAUGGUAUGAAUUUGUUGAGUAUUGAUAAUGAAUUAAAUGACAAGUUGAAGAAUCUAGCAUUAUCAAAUGGUAAGGGGUGUUUGAGUGCCACUACAAAAUAUAUAUUUGUUCCCAUUGCUACUAUUGGUUGUGGGAAAACUACUGUCUUCAACACACUAAACAACCUUUUCCCAGAGUGGACUCAUAUUCAAAAUGAUAACAUAUCAAAAAAGGCAAAAUUGAAAAUCUGUGAUUUGACUUUAAUGGCAUUGGAAGAUGAUGAUCAAAAUGUGGUUUUGUUUGAUAGAAACAAUUCGGCCUCUCGUGAACGUAACCAGAUCUUCACCACUAUUCAUCAAAAGAGAGACGAGCAUUUGGAUGACGCGGUAGAUUUGAAAUAUAUUGCUAUCAAUUUCAUUCCUGAUGAUUUGUCUGAAGAAGAGCUUUGGGAUAUUACUUAUAAUAGGGUUGUACAAAGAGGAGAUAAUCACCAAUCGAUUAAAUCACAACUGGAUGAGAAAUUGGUGGAAAGUGUAAUGAAAGGGUUCAUUCAAAGAUAUCAGCCAAUUAAUACUUCAAGAUCCCCUGACGAUCAGUUUGAUCAUGUCAUCCAUUUAAAAUUAUCCAAAGAUGGGAAGUCGUCUUUGGAGAAUGUUAGAAUUAUAAUUGAUGACUUGGUGCAAAACUUCCCCGAUUUAAUCAAAGAAAAACCAACUGAUGAAUUAAUCAAUGAGUGCUUUCAAAAAGCUCUAGAUUAUAAACCAACGUUUAUUAAAAACAUGACUACUAAUAUUAUGAAAAAAGACCCGACAUAUUAUGGUAUUGCUAUGCAUUAUUCUUCAAUUCUAGAGAAUUUGGAAAUCAUUUCCCACAAUGAACAUUUUCAGAAUAUAAAACCACACAUUCAAACAGAGUUUCAUAUAACAUUGGGUCAUAUAGCAAGCACUAAGCAGGAGAAAAUUAAUCGAGUCAAGUGGAAGAAACUUGUCAAGAUUUUAGGCAAAGGUGACCCCAAUAAACCCAAGUCUGCCUUGAAGUUUUUCGCUGACGUUAAAUUACUUCAAGUAGUAAUUAACACUGAUAAAUUGGCAUGUAUUAAAGUUGAAAUCUUGAAAAUUUACGAUACUAAUGACGUACUACAAACUGAAAUUGAACCAAUUAAUAAACAACUUCAUAUCACUAUUGGUUGUAUUCCCCCAGUUACUGCUGUUGAGUCCAAUAAGACAUUGGAAGAAUUAUAUGAUAAUCCAGAUGAACAACAACUCAAACCUGAUGGAACUUAUCAAUGUGGUGAUGACACUUUACAAGUAAUUAAUUUUGACAACCAAGAUUUGAAGUUAUUCAGCCAACAAUUGUUUGUUGCCUAUCAGUGA